UGGACCGUCGCACGUAUCGCACGCUUACAGCGGAAGUAUCUCGGUCCGGUGUAUCGGAGUAUCUGUCAGUAUCGGAUUCGUAUCGGAGCCAGCUUGGGCCUUCAUUCGUUGGGGUUUCGGCUUUCGGUUUCGGUUUUUCGGUCGGUUUGGUCCGCUUGAUCGGUUGGCUGGAUAGUUGCAAGUUGCAAACUCAGUGGUUUUCUCGGCUGUUGCAUUUGCAUUCGGCAGCUGGCCGCGAUUGAUGACUGAAGGACUGACUGUCCGUCAAUGGACACUUGCCGCAGCGGUCUCGGUCAGUUAGGUGGCAACAGUGCAGUCAAGUCCGGCGACCUCUGACCCCUGACAUCGAAUAUAAACCUCUUGACAAUCAAAUUUUGUGCUGCCAGUUUAUUGGAUUUGAAACCCAGCGACCGGGAGGGAUUUUAUGGCGGUCCCUUGACCAAUUCUAAACGUAAAAUAAAAACCAUCAAAGAGAAACAAGCCAACGGAGAAAUAUAUCAAAUAAAAAGUUCAAUUUCGCUGCUUUUAUUUUUUUGAAGCUCCUCUGUUUUGCCGGUUUUCGGUUUUGAAGCGAUUUUCGGUCCUGAGCUUGUCGUCGUAUCGUCGUCGUCGGCGUUGUGUGCACGGGCUUCAUAAAUUAUACAAGAGCGCAUUUUGCGAACGACUUGCAAAUAAAUAAGCAUUUACGCUUUUAUUAUUGCCCGCCCGCAAUCCCCGGACGCGGAGUGUGUGUUUUACUGUGAGAGUGUGUGCGGGUUUGGGGCUUGAGUUCCUUGGAAAUCGCUCCCAUGUGGCGCAAGCCGGAGGAAUAAAAUAAAACCAGCCAACAGCUAGCAGCAAGCAGCGGUGGAGCAGCCACUUAAAAUAUCAUUUUUUGCAUACAAUCAUCAUAUAUCUAUAAAUGUGUACGCCGUCUAUACAUGUAUAUCGAGAUCCGCUCUGAUUUGUGUGUCCUGAUAACGACGAUUCCCCCCCAGUGAUUGCCUGCAUUAAAACAAACAAAUAAAAUUGCAUGAGUGUGCGGGGCGAAAAUCCCAUAUAAAGCUAUCAAGCAGAAAAUGUCAAGUCGGCGACUGGUAUCCCGCGCGUCGUAUACUUAAUAUCUUGUCUCCGGUGGAAACGCACGGCAAACAACAUGAAUUGCCUUUGUCGCCCGUCACGGAUUAUGUCCGUGCGCAUUAAUUUGCUGGAUGAAACCGAGUUUAUACACGAGAUCAAGGAUGAUUUGCCGGGCCAGGCUCUGCUGGAUGUCGUCUUUGCCAGGCUCAAUUUAAUCGAGACCUCAUACUUCGGCAUACGUUACAUAGACGAGGAGAAUCAAACGCACUGGCUGGAUCCUGCAUCACGGAUAUCCCGGCAGCUGAAACCCAAAUCGGAUCCCUAUGACUUGUAUUUCGGCGUGAAAUUUUAUGCGGCCGACCCCUGCAAAUUGCUGGAGGAAAUAACCAGGUAUCAACUUUUUCUGCAAGUCAAACAAGAUGUCCUGCAGGGCCGGCUGCCAGUGGCGUUCGAGUUGGCCGCCGAGCUGGGUGCCUUUGUGGUGCAAUCCGAGCUGGGCGACUACGAUCAGAGGCGCCACUCUAAAGGCUAUGUGUCCGAGUUCCGGCUGCUACCGAAUCAGAGCAGCGAACUGGAAACUCGGGUCUCUGAGCUGCACCAGCAGCUGAAGGGAAUGUCGCCCUCCAGCGCCGAACUGAACUAUCUGGACAAAGUCAAGUGGCACGAUAUGUAUGGCGUUGAUCUGCACCCCGUUCUGGGCGAGGACAGCGUGGAAUACUUCCUGGGCCUGACUCCGAGCGGUAUUGUCGUCCUGCGCAACAAGACGACGGUGGCUCAUUACUAUUGGCCGCGCAUUGCCAAAGUUUAUUAUAAAGGACGCUAUUUUAUGCUCAGAAUAAGCGAUAAAAAUAACGAACUGAGCACUUAUGGCUUCGAAACACCCCGCAAGUCGGCCUGCAAGCACCUGUGGCGGUGCUGCGUGGAGCACCACGCGUUCUUCAGACAGGUGCGAGUGGCCCCGCUGCCCAGCUCCCAGUCGCAUGCCACCGAUUUGUUCCAGCUGGGAUCGCGCUUCAGGCACAGUCGCCCGGACAAGCAAACGGAGAAGGAUGCACUUGCCGCCGGACGCUCCCCACCCGCCUUCACCCGCACGCCCUCCAAGCGCCAGCCGAGACGCGUGAUUGAUGACUUUUUUAACAGCAACGGCAACGGCAAUGGCACCAGCAAUGGAAACGGCAGUGGAGCAGCAGGUGGACCUGGAGGCGUCCACAUGGGCAACAGGCCGUUGCCGCAGCCCGGUCUAGGCACCAUCUCCAACAACUACGAUAGUCCGUACCGCUCCACCUACAGCAUACCCACCAGCCUGGGAAUUCGGCCCUGCCACCAGCAGCAACAGAACAACAACUCCAGCAGCUACAACAACAACAGCGGCGGAAACCUUCAGACCCCGGACUCGCCCCGCAGCACCCGCAGUGCCCCCUGGCCCCGUUCCCAGCAGCGUUCGCUCUUCGGCCACAACCCGUCGAGUCCGCGCUCCGUUCGGUCGGCCAGUACGGCAGGUGGGGGUCUGCACCACCACCACAGCCACCAUAGCCACGGCCAUGGAACCAGCCAUCAUCCGCACCACCAGUCCUCGUCGGCCGCCGCCUCCUCGCAUCAUCAGCGACAGCAGCGGGCCAGCUCGUCCUCCGCCUCGCACCAGCAGCAGCGGUACCGCUCCAGCUCAGUGGAGAGUCACUCCUCCAACGAUUCGAGAUCUACACGCAGACACAAGCAUCGUCAUCGUCGCACUUCCGACAAUGAAAGUGAAUUAUCUCGUGGCUCUGGACGCUCUGGAAGAUCAGGACGCUCCCACCAUCGCAAGCACAGAAGAUCGCAUCGGCACCGAAGGGACUCGGCCGGUGGAUCCGAUCACGACAGCACCCGAGGACGCAGCUACUCCGGACACCGCAGCUCCUCGAUGCGGAGUGGUAGUGCUGAGCUCAUCGACUCCACGUCGCAGUGGCGGGAAGUACAACGGCGCCAGGCUGAGGCAAGCUUGGGCCAGAGCUCAGUGCAACAGGCGGCGGUUUCCAAGAGCAGCAUGGUGGCCCGCAGCCUGCACAGCAACGAUAGCCACUCGGACACCCAUUCGCAUCAUAAGUCGCGAAGGCAUCGCAAGAAUAAAUCUCCGUCGGAGUCCCGCAGUCGCAUGUGGAACAGCGAACUGGCCAAGCACCUGCAGUUCGACCUGGUGGACACUGAGGGAAUGUCGGAGCAGCAGCUGCGGGAGAUUCCCUACACGGUGGUGGAGACGAACUCCAAGCGUUCCAACUCCAACCUCAAGAUUCACAAGAGCAACAGCAAGAGCAGCGUAGGAGCCAAGAGUACGGGUUCAGGCAACACUAUCACCAACGGCAGUGGGUCAGGCAAUACAGGACAGGCCAGGAAUCGUGUGGAUCGUAUCAGAGGACUUUAUUAUCAAAGUUCACAUCCACACGACAGCAAUGGCGUCGGGGCAGGAAAUGGAGGUCAUGCCCCCAAAAACGGAUCUAUUCGAUCGGCCAGUACUAUAUCAUCCAGGGAGUGCGAGCGUAAUAAUGGUCUAGUGAGAAUGAUGUCCAGUAUGAGCAUGGGUGACUUUAUCUCGCCCACGGGCUCGAAUCUAAGUCCAUUGGAAAACUCUGCCCUGCGGGUUUCGCAUGAGCACACCGAUUCCGGCUUAGGAGCAGAUCAGGACUAUGCUUACUCCUCUGAAAGAUCCAGCGACAGCACACGCUAUGGCACCAACAAGUCCUCGGGAGCCUCGAGCGGAUCGCACCGCAAGUCGGGCGGCAGUGCCGGUGGCGGCAACAGUGGCGGCUACAACAGCCUCAUGCAGCAGACCGUGAGUAAUCAGCAGCAGCAGCAGCGCUCGCUGUUCGCGCAGCAGCAGCGACAGCAGCAGCAGAAGAGCAAUUACAAAUACGCCACCUCCUCGCCAUCGAACACUAACCCCGCGAGCGGAUCGAACUCGGGCCUGGCACCAGUGCACAAUCCGUCCAGUGCCAGCCCGAAUCCGAAUCCCAGCGCGAACUCCAAUCCGAAUCCCAACACUGGCGCCAAUGGAAACGGUACUAACCCAACGGCGUCGCCGGCCAAUCGUCUGCUCCACUACACGACCUUCGAGAACAACCAGUACAAGUUCAGCCUGAACAAUGCCCUGGUCCGGAACUCGAAGGGGGUGUCGGGGGGCAGCAGCAGCAAUAUCCCAGGUGGUGGGCCUUCGGGUGGUGGUGGUGCUUUCAGCCGGCAGCGCAGUUUUGUAGAGUGGCCCAGCAAUCCGGCGGCCCCCUACUAUUACCAGGGUCCCUCGACGCACGUGGCCCAGGCGAAGAGGCGCGACGCCAAGUCGGACAUCGGAGUGCCCACGCGCCGUCUAUCCGGGCAGAGCAUUACCAAGACGCAACUCCUGACGGGAGGCCAUUCCCAGCUGGCCAACGCCGGCUGCUAUCCGCUGCACUACGCCAGCAGCAGUGUGACCGGCUCUGCCUACAAUCGUCCCCUGGGUCAGAGGUCAGGAGGCGGUGGUGGUGGCAUGGGCGGUGCCGGUGGCCCGUCGGGAGGUUUGGGCCUGCAACCGGCCAAGUCGGACCUGUUUCUGUCCUACAUCCACGGUGGGGAGUACGAGCGGCCGUACAUCUACAACUACAAGAUGCCACAGAUGCCGGCGGGCGGAGGGGGAUCGGGUGGAUCUCCAAAACAGCAGCCCACCGCUUACCACAUCUCCGGCUCGCAGACCGCCGAUCCUCCGCCGCCACCACCUCCGCUCUACGGGGGCACGGCGCCCGCCAACGACGUCAUGUACUAUCAGUUCGACAAAGGAGCCGCUCCGUCAACGUCAGCGCCGCCGCCCAUUGUCCAGCAGCCGCGUCAGUCGUCGGCUGGCGGCUGCGGCGGAGGCGGCGGCGGUGGUCCAUUAGUGUAUCUGCAGCAUGGCCAGAACGCGUCUGUAUCUGGCGGAUCGUCAAGUGUCGGCGCGGUGCAGCCAACUACGCAUUCGUCGCACUCCUGCAGCGAGGAGGACGAGGCCAUGAUUGUCCUGGAGGCCAUGCAACAGGAUGCCCAGACCACCAACGACGAGACAGAAGACACCGAUGACGAGGCGGCCGAGGCCGAGGAUAUGUUUGAUGCCGAUGCUCCUUUGAUGUCCCCAACGGGUAGUCACAAUAGCACAAACAACAACAGCAACAACAACAAUAAUAUAGCCAACUGCAUCAAUAUCAACAACAACGGAAACGGAAACAAUGGAAAUCGCCACUCGACGGCGACCAAUAUUAAUUUCGAUAAUUGCAAUGCGAAUGUCUACAGUGGUCAGCAGGCGAAACAACUAGGGCCAAUUACUACAGCCAGUCAAACGUUAAAUUGUCCCUCAUUGAAUGCAAAUACCAAUACAAAGUCCAAUAGUAGCCAUACCACCUCCAAUAGCCAUACAAAAGCCAUUACCACUACCAAUGCGAAUGCGAAUGCGAAUCCGACCUGCGAUCCCCCAACCAACGUAGCAGCCCUUACCAACAACCACACCACCAAUUCCAAUAUCACCACAGCAGCAACUGCCACUGCAAGUGCAACAGCCGCUGCCGUUGCAGCAACUACUGGCACCGCAACAACUGCAAAUGCAACUGCCACAGCAGCAACUAUUGCAACGAAUUUGCACUCGAACCUACAACAAAAUCAAAACAUUUCCUCCAGCUUAGAGAUAAUCCUAUCGCCAAUUAUCCAAAGUAGUCGACGAGCGCAAUUCCAAAGCCCGCCGCCCACAACGACCACGCCCAUGCAGUAACAGCUGGCAGUGCCUGCGCCUCAAAUCCACCGCCCACUGCAUUCUGCAAACUUUGGUUGCAGCAGCAGCAACAGCAACAACAGCAGCAGCA